GACAACUUGUACCCUCUGGUCGUCGGAAAAAACGUGGAUUCUGGGAAACCAUUCGUAAUGAAUCUAAACAAACAACAAGCUCUGGUGGUCGCGAGAGCGUCGGCUGGUGCUGGUGGAGACUACAAACUGCUGAUCCCGUUUCCUGUCAUGGUAGGAAAUCUCCCGGGACUUGUGGGUGGAAAAGUCCAUGAUGAGCCGACGCCGCUACUUCGUCCCUUCGCCGCCCGUGGGCCUUAUCUCUCCAACAGCGGCCCUACUAAACUUCGUUCUUAUGACGACAGCGAAGAUGUUCUUCGUCCGCGGGAUCGACCACUACAUUACCAGUCCUACAGACAGUUGAGUGCGGAAGAUACAGGAUCGGGAGAGUAUCGCCCAGCACUAACCGGUAAAAAAUAUUUAUCUCGACCUUACAACGUUAAGCGAGUACCACAGAAAGUUUUCUAUCCUCCCAUCGAAAAGCCCGGUGGUAAUCGUGGAUACGACGGGGUUUACUCAAAACAAGGUGUGUCCCACGCCAUUUCUGGUCCUAAGCCGAAUGGUCCUCUGAAAAGCGUUCCCCUGGCCUAUAGACAACCACCCCCGGGACUUUAUCAGUACGCUAAUCCUACACCGAGGUAUCCUUACCCCACACGGCCCUCGGCAUACCCCCCCGUCAACUACGCAGGAGCCUACGCAAGUGUACCCAAAGACUUCAGACCAAGCCCUUACCUAGGCAACAUCACUGAGGACCCCGAGCCUCCUGUACGACAAUACGCCCAACCACAGUCCGAUCACUACGAGAACUACGACGACCGUCCUUACGACUUUACCGAGAAAGACUAUAUGGACUCCAUAAACAGCCCCGGUGCACACUCCAGCAUUGGAGGAGUCCAUCAUGUAACUCACCAUGUGGACGAUUACCUAGGCAAGAUAUAUGAGGAUAUGUAUUACAAAAUGCCUCCUCCGCCUCACACUAGUGAUCCAAACAUUGAUAGACAAGGAAAAUAUGAAAUCCCUUCAGCAAGCAACUAUGUCAAAGUCUCAGCAGUUCAUAGCCAAAAUAAGACUGAAGCUUCAAGCCCAAAGACUGAAGCUGUGCAAGUGAGGCUUGGCAGUAGACCCGUUGCAGCCAAGAAGCAUACCAAAAUCAGAUAGUCUACAGGGACUAUUUAUAUAUACUGUAGAUUAUUACAAAUGUGGUUAAUCAUUGUUGUUGAUUGUUUUGUUAUUUAGUUUUAUGCCAAUUUUAUAAAAUGUGUUUAAUUCAAUAAACAGAUCAGUUUACUUGUGUAUUACCUGUGAUGUAUCGGAUUAGGAAUAAAAAAUUGUUAAGUUUCAGAUAGUCUUGGUAAAUUCAAAAGGUUGCUAUGUAAUUUUGUAUUACUUUCU